AUGAAGGGAGAACCAGCUGCUCAGUAGGGUUAUUGCCACAAGACCAAGGCCUUGAGGGGGACGGGGGACUCUCUGUCCCCAAACCUGGACUUCCAGCUCUGCCAAGGCGACCAGGUCUUCUCAGCCUGCAGGCCACCUCCAGACACAGUGGAUUCUCAUAGCCCGUCCUGUGCCAGUUGGCUGUGCCCCUUGUCACUGGCACCGGCCAGAUCUUCCCGGCUGGCCUGCCCCCAGGGCCUGGACCUAUACCUGUGCACCCUGCAGCCGGCACCCCUGGGCACAGUCCCGCAGGGUCUCAGAGAGGACUCCUUAAGCAUGAAGCACCAGCCACCGGUGCUGCAUGCCAGCUCCACCGAUGAGAAACUCGCAGCCAAGUGCCCACCGAGCAGGGACAAGAUGGGAAGCCAGCCUGAAAGAGCUGACAAGGGGACAAUCUGCCCAGCUUUCUCUCCUCACAACGGCUCUUCUCCACCCCCCUGGCAGAAUAGAAAGGGCCUUAGCCCCUUGGCUUUCUGCUCCUGCCCCCUUCCUGCCCCCAUCUCCAAGGAGCCCCCAUUCCACUUCUACCCCUUCUACCCUGGGCACCCACUUCUCCUGCCUCCACGCUACCUGUUCACCUAUGGGGCCCUACCUUCUGUCCAACGUCCCCACCUCUUCAUGCUGCCCCAAGACACCUCCUACCCCACCAUGGCUGUGCCCAGCUUGCUGAUGACAGUCAAUGAGCCUAGGCACCCCGGUGCCCUGACAGAUAACCUGCUUCCCAACCCAGGGGCCUGCCAAGCCUCUGGCCAAGCCCUGUCCUUCCAGGCCCAGAAUCCAGGCCCUGGAGCUGCUCCAAGCUACUCCUCAGGUCUGGAGUGUGCUGGCGUGGUGGCCCCAACGAAGAGGGCCCUACCGGGCUCCCAGACAGGCACGGCAGCCCUGCCUUACCCGUUGAAGAAAGAGAAUGGCAAAAUCCUGUACAAGUGCAACGUGUGUAGCAAGAGUUUUGGGCAGCUCUCCAAUCUCAAGGUCCACCUGCGUGUGCACAGUGGGGAGCGUCCAUUCCAGUGUACCCUGUGCCAGAAGAGCUUCACCCAGCUUGCCCACCUGCAGAAGCACCACCUAGUGCACACUGGGGAGCGGCCUCACGAGUGCCCGACAUGCCACAAGCGCUUCAGCAGCUCCAGCAACCUCAAGACCCACCUGCGUCUGCACUCGGAGGCCCGGCCCUUCCAGUGCAGCGUCUGCCUGAGUCGCUUCUCCCAGCACGUCCACCUGAAGCUGCACCAUCGGCUGCAUGCCCCAAGGCCCUGGGGCCUGGCUCACACCCAUCUGCCCCUGGCCUCUCUGGCCUACCCUGCCCCAUGGCACCAGGGAGCACUAGAUCUUGUAGCAGUGCCAUCGGAGAAAGAGAUGGGCUGGGAUGUGGGCAGGGUCAAGGUGUCCUUGACAUCCCAGGGAAAUCAAGAGCAGCCAGCCUGAGUGGUGGUGCCAGGACU